GCAAAACGGACGCAAGCGCGGCGCUCGAGAGACUUUCCGAGGUUUUCCAAAAUAACAAAACACUACGUGUUUCUGGUCGUGAAAGUAUCUUUUCCAGUUAGGCAGUUCGUUCUGCAGUGGCCCCACCCUUCUACCCUCCGUUUUUAAGCCUCGAAAAAGAGCCUUUUUAAGCCAAAUCGAAGAAAAAACACGAGCAACACAGCUGAAAACCUAUUUAAGGACCGUUCUAAAAACCAAGGAUUUAUAUCAGAGACCUCUUUCGACCAAGUCAGUUAAAUAAAGGUUUUUUCAGAGUGUGUGCCUAUGUGUGAGUGCGUGUGUGUAUUUAGUGUGUGCCUUGAUCAAUUAAAGUAAUUAAGCCAAAAUAAAAACAACAUACACAUAUAAUUCGCGAAAAAAUAAUACUUUUGAAAGAGCCAUAAACAAAUCGCAGUCUGCGAAAUCCGUUCAAAGCUCGCGCCAAUAUUGCUCCAAUUUAAGAAAACGGCUUAGCAACAAUUGCAUUGAACGGUUGAACAACAAAAAACUGAAACAGAAAACAAAAACAACAACCCGUAAAUAUAGAAAGCUUAACAAUCAAAUCCAGCAACAACGACAACGAGGGAUUAAAAGCCAGUAACAACUAUAAAUGUGGUGGGUGCAUUAUUGCCAUUAACCAAAUCCCCAGAGAGACACAGUGGCCAGAAUGAUCGCAGAGCAGCUGGUGGUCAAAAGUGGCCCAAUGAAUCACUGAGGAGCCCCCAGGAAAGCGAUCCCCAUUUGAGCACUGAGAACAAAAGAAGCACUAAAGCGCUUGAUUUAAAGGUGGACAGGUGGAUUAAACCGAAAGCGGAAUGGCACACUUUUGCUGGCUCCUCAAACUCUGUUUUUUGCUGCUGAUGUUGUCCGGCUGCCGGACACGCCCCGCACCCGCCCCCUUGCCGGCCAGCAGGCAGAGUGAGCUCAUCGCGGGCAACGAGUUCCUCAAGCUGUUCCUCGACCACGAUGACCAGCAACGGAGUCUGCACAGCAGCGAGCAGGACUUCGAGGGUCGGGCGGAGUCACAGUCCUCAUCACCCAAUCCCCGCCAGCGGAUGGCGACCGGAAGGAGCCUGGAUGUCGGCAGGAAUCGCUAUGGGAACUCCCUGACCUCGGGAAACUCCCAGGAUGAGGAGCCAUCAGACUCCAAGCAGGCCAAACUGGUCACCACGGGCAGUAAAAUAGUGUUCCUCGAGGAUGCGCCCGCAAAAGUCAAGGGAAAGUCCAGCGAUGAGGUCAAAGUGGUGGCCGUGAGUGUGAGUUCCUCCAGCAAAAGAGGUCCUUCGCGGAGCAGUUCUUCUUCUGGUGCCACAGGAAGUGGCACGGAUUUCGUGAACCGCUCGCAUAAGAGUGAACUAUCCAUAGAGGAGUCGGAACCCCGAUUGGCGGGGGAUUCCAUGGACAGCGAGGUGGAUUCCCUGAACAGUGCCUCCAAUAUACAAAGUGUACUGGCUGCUCCUUUGCUGGCAUCCUCCUCUACACAUUCCUUUCUGAAAAACCAAAGUGAGCCGGCCGAAGAUGAGGCUGUAGGAACUGGUUCUGCGGCUGGCCUGCCCUUUCAAACGGUGAUUUAUCAUGACACCAAGCAGGGCAGCCGGGGACCCCAGUCCAGGUCGAUAUCCUACAGUUCCAUCUCCCAAAACGUGGAUGAUUUGCAGACCUGGCAGCAGUCGAGAAGUGGCAUUCUGGCCGAGGCCCAGAGAAAUGUGAGUGAGAGCUUGAAGCAUGGACAUGGUUCCUCGGAACCAGCCAAGUUCUACUCGGUACCCUCGAAAAUGUACAGUGUACCCAGUAAGUUUUACUCAGAACCAGCCAAGGUUUACUCGGAGCCCGCCAAAAUGUACGGUCAGCCGGAGAAGGUUUACUCAGAGCCCUCGAAAGUCUACGGACAGCCCUCUAAGUUCUACUCGGAGCCGGCUAAAGUGUACUCGCAACCCUCGAAGGUCUAUGGCGAACCGGCCAAGACAUACUGGCCACAGACACUGACCACCACUGCAGCAACACCACUGGGCAGCACCACAGCCACCUCAUCCUCAUCCUCGACCAGCACCACCGAGAAACCCCCUACAACCACCUCUUUUGUGCCACUCAGAUCCAGACCACGACCUGCGAUUGUCUCGCGCAUCGCUUUUGGCGAGGCCCAGAGCACAAGCAGCACGACAGCAGCAACACCAAGCAGCACGGCAGCAACAUCGGGCAGCACGGCAGCAACACUGGCCAGCAGGGUCACCACAGUGAAGCCUCCCGCCAGUGGAACCUCCACCAGCAUCAGGCCAACCACUUGGCAGCAUCAUUAUCACAGCUACAGCCACCAGCAACAGCCCGCUCAUCCAACUCGCAGAGUGCUCUUCAAUUUGGAUAAAUUGCCUUAUGAUUUAUUGAAUGCACCGCAGCCGCAGUCGCAGUUGCAUCCAUUGGAGCCAAUUUUAUCGAAGCACUCAAGUCCGAGCCACUACCACCAGCAGCAGCAGCAUCUGCAGCAGCAACACCAACAGCAACAGCAACAUCAAGCUGCAAGUCCGUGCUGGGAGCAACAACGUCAGCAUUCAUCACCGCCGCAUCAACAUUCUAAUCAAAAUGCCAAAGGAUUGCCCAAUAGAGAUCUAGUCAAAUGUGUUUCCAAAUUUGCACACCAACAUGGAGCAGCCGGAUCGGCAUCAGUGGUGGACCCAUCGGCGCCAUCGUCUUUGGGGUCAGGCGGUGGCUAUUCGUACAGCUCCAGCUCGUCCUCCUCCUCGUCCUCCUCAUCCUCUGGCUCUGCCUCGGCCUCCUCGGCUGGGAAACAGCACUUCACCACCGAGCGCCCCGAGCUCUAUACUCCGACCUCAGAGCAGAAUUACGAAAUUGAGGAGUCCGUUAGUGUUAUGACGAACGGACGAGCCCACGGACUGCAGGGUGGUGCAGGUGGUGCAGUGGGGCAGGGGCAGGUCACCACGCCAGCCGGUCCAGUCCAAGCCAGCCCAAGCACCACCGCCACCAGCUCAAAUCGUGGCAUCAACAGAGGACGUGGCUCGGUGGUUUACAAUGCAAAUGCCAACGAUUACUCGGAUGGCGACGAUGGUGAUGGAGACUCUGGGGAUGGGGACUCCGGAUCGGAGGGCCAGGGAGGCCCCCCUGAUACAGCCCCCGAUGACGAAGACAAAGUCGCCUACGUGGUCGAGGGGCGCAACUACCGAAAGUACCGGGUGGAGGAGAAGACCGACGACGGCUUCAUCGUCGGCGAGUACGGAGUGGUGGACCACAACGAUGGGAACCUGUGGGGAGUGCGUUACACCGCCGACUCCACCAUCAACCGCAGUCUGAUACAGAAGGCGUUGCUCACGUUUCUCAAGCUCAAGUAGGGGCCAAAUGGUCAGCCUCCACGCGGAAAAACAGUCUCAAUGAAGUGGGGAAAAUCGCCAGAACAGAGAAAAAUCAUUGGAAAAUACAGGGAAGUUGGAAGAGGUUGGGAAACAUCAUGAUAUAUUUUAAAGAAUAUUUUGAAAGGCUAAGAGAACGGAUGAAAAGUUUAGAGAAGAAAUAAACAAACACUUUCAAAAUUUGAUAUAGAAGUUAAAAGUAAUUCAAAGUAAUUUGUCGUAUUAUAUAUUUAAAUACUAAUAACUUCUUUUAGGUCUUAGGUCUAUAAAUUAAAAUGAUCUUGUGAAUUAAACACAAAGACUAAAAAAAAAGGAGAGCUGUAAUGAAAAUAGAAAACCAUUAGCGUCAAAUAUAAAUAUUUCAAAAUUUAAAAAGAAAUUCAGUAGGCUAUAUUUCAAAUUUUUAGAAAAAUUAUAGUUGAUUAGUAAAACAUUUGUAUAGUUAUAGUUUUAUUAUAAGUAAGUGAAAUUUACAAAAUUCUGAAACACACGACGAUUUUCCCAAGUUCAGAGCGAUGGUUUUUCCGAGUGUCCAAAAACCCCGCACUUCCCCACUGAAGAGACAGCUGCAAAGGCAUUCACAUGUGAUCCAAGUCGUAUUGUAGUUAGCCUAGAUAACCUAAUCCUAGAUCUAAAUAGGUAAUCCUAAUUAGAUGUACCCUAGUACGUAGCCACUAGUUGAGUUCCCACGAGAUCAGUGUGUGUGUUUAGUCAGUAAACGAAUUUUGUUUAAUGUUUAGUUAAUGUUUUAAUUAAUUUAUUGUAGUUGUUGGUAUUGUAAUUGUAAUUGUAGCCCGUAACCAUAAAUCCGAGCCUAAUUUAUUCAGCCGACCAGCGCACUCGAAAUCCGCAGAACUAGCAACUUGCAACUUGCCAUAAAAUCAGAGCACCUACCAGCAUUAAGAACGAGCGAAAAACUAUCCUAAUUAGAGCAUUAAGUGACUUGCGUAGUGAA